ACUCACUCAACAACUCGCUAACCAGCGUUGCAUAGCCCUUAACUUGACAGACGGUACCGAUCGUGGUCGAAGCGGUUUUUCAGCGUCGGUUUAAUUCAGCAGUGAAAAGUGUUUUUUCAGGCUGAACAGCGAGUUUUUCUUCAUCACCCGUUAAAAUCUUUUACAAAGUUCCUGCAACUAAAAAUGGCGGCGGUAGCAGCGGCACAGAAAAAUCGCGAAAUGUUCGCUAUUAAAAAAUCUUACAGUAUCGAGAACGGAUAUCCAGCACGAAGACGUUCUUUAGUCGACGAUGCCAGGUUUGAAACUUUAGUGGUAAAACAAACAAAACAAACUGUUUUGGAUGAAGCAAGACAACGUGCAAAUGACACAUUAGAACCUGAAGUAGAUGAAACACCUAUUCAAAAACAACCUGAACCAAAUACAGAAGAUGAUACUGGAUUAACCGAAGAAGAAAUUGUGCUCGCAAAUGCCAUCACUGAAGGACCUGAGGCCGAAAAAGCCAUCCAGAAAGCCGCCUUAAUCCUUCGUCUACGUGAAGGAAUGAACUCACUAUCGCGUGUACUUAAAGCUAUCGAAAAAUAUCAGGGUAUAGUUCUCCAUUUAGAAACUCGCCCUAACCAACGCGAAAAUGGACAAUUGGAUGCUCUUAUUAAGAUCGAGAUGACCCGUGUUAAUUUACUUCAACUUCUUAAGGGUCUUAGACAAUCAGGAACUUUGGAACAUACUACUCUUAUUGGAGAGGACAAUAUUUCUGCAAAAAACCCAUGGUUUCCAAGACACGCCAGUGAAUUGGAUAGCUGCAAUCAUUUGAUGACCAAGUACGAACCUGAUCUUGAUAUGAAUCACCCUGGAUUCUCUGACAAAGAAUACAGAGCCAGACGAAAAGAAAUUGCAGAAAUUGCUUUUUCCUAUAAAUAUGGGGAACCAGUACCAUUCAUUGAAUACACUGAAACCGAAAAUAAAACUUGGAAUGCAGUAUUUACCACAGUUUGUGAAUUAAUGCACAAACAUGCAUGUGCAGAGUACAGAACAGUAUUCAGAAUACUUCAGGAUGAAGGGAUAUUCAAUCCACACAAAGUGCCACAACUGGAAGAAAUGUCUUGUUUUAUGAAGAAACGCACAGGAUUUACUUUGAGACCUGCCGCUGGAUUACUUACAGCAAGAGAUUUCUUGGCUUCACUUGCUUUCAGAAUUUUCCAAAGUACACAAUACGUCCGUCACACAAAAACACCUUUCCACACCCCAGAACCUGACUGCAUUCAUGAAAUCUUAGGACACAUGCCUUUACUUGCCGAUCCAAGUUUCGCUCAAUUUUCACAAGAAAUUGGUCUUGCAUCACUUGGAGCAUCUGAUGAGGAGAUUGAAAAAUUAUCUACCAUUUAUUGGUUCACAGUUGAAUUCGGACUCUGCAAGGAAAAUGGAGAAACCAGAGCAUAUGGUGCCGGUCUUCUCAGCGCGUACGGAGAACUUCUCCAUGCUCUUUCUGACAAACCUGAACACAGACCUUUCGACCCAGCUAAGACCGCUCUUCAACCUUAUCAAGAUCAAGAAUACCAACCAGUGUACUACGUAGCAGAAAGUAUUGAAGAUAUGAAAGACAAAUUCAGAAGAUGGGUAUCUCAAAUGUCCAGACCCUUCGAAGUCAGAUUCAACCCACACACCGGAAGGGUGGAAGUCCUAGAUUCAGUAGAAAAAUUGGAAUCACUUGCACACCAGUUAAAUACAGAAAUUAUGCACCUUACAAAUGCCAUCAAUAAAAUGAGGGCUCCUGUCAUCUAAAUUAUUGAUAGCGAUAUUGGUUUGGUGAGGUUGGUUUGACUGUGUUCUGAUUCGGGUAACUAAAGGGAUACUUGGCAUCUUUACUUAAGCUGUUUACUUUUAUUAAUAUAAUCAUGUUCUUUGCAUUCAUGUCUCGUAAUAUUAUUACAAGUAAACAAAUUUUCUAAUUGCU